CAUAGUGAGGAGCUGCUCAUGAUUUUGUCUCGUGUUGUGUAGGCUCCUAGUGUGUGUGGCCAUAGCAGUCUUGUGUUUUAUUCCCACUUUAGGCUGGAGAAGAUGGGGUGCUGUUUUAGUAAGGAAAUCAGCCCCAGCCUUCAGAAUGAGAGGAGCGGUCUGUUACAGCAGCCUCCGCUCCACGAUGGGCUGAAAGAGGUGACAGAGCAGGUCAGGCAACAUGCUGCGGCUUUAGCUCAGCAUGUGUGCUUGGACGAAGAGGAGACACGUGUGGCAGACAGACCGGCCCCGAGGAAGCCACCGAAAGAUGAGGAAAGACAUCCAGAACUGAACAACAAAGUCUGGACAGAGGUGGCCGUGGCCAGCAGGGACAGCACCACGCGGACUAAGGGGGAUCUUAAACCAGCCAGCACUCACGAGGAGCAGGGGGCUAUUAUUAACACAGGCAGCACAAACAUACAUACAAACACGCACACACAGGCAGGCAUGACACAUACUGCUAGGCCCAGCUGUGAGCCAGCUCCAUAUAUGGAGGUGCCCACACAGAGUCCAGCCAAACUGAAGAUUUUGGAGAAUGCUACAAGCAGGGCUUUAUGGUUCACUCAGCUCCCAGAUGGGCAGAAGCAUACACCAGGAAAAAGUGGCUCAGCUUCCGACAGGUCAUCUUCUUCUGACUGCCAGGGCAACAUCACGGUGAGUGAGGUGUCAGAUGACCAGCUGCUACCACCGCUGGUCAGCAAGUGUCCGGCAACCCAGCGGGAUUCCCUCAAAGCUGAGCACAAGCAGGAGGAAGGCCAGGAAUCCUGUGAUAUCAUGUCAAUGCUGUGUCAAGGCUUUGAAACGAGAACCCGGAAUUUCUACAGCAUAUGUCCCAUUGAUGCCGAUGACCUUGAGCAUGACCACGUCCACAGCCAAUCCCAAACAGCUGGAGCAGCACACUCACUGCACACAGCUGAAGCAGAAACAGCUGCUCUCCCCUGCAUGGCGGAGUCUCCAGUCUCCAGCCAAUUGCACAGAGAGGCAUCCGCAGUCUGUGACCAGAUAUAUGUCACAGAAUCUAAAAUGACCAGCCAGUCACAUGAUGAGGAGCCCAUUUCAAUGCAGUCACCUGCUGCACAGCAGCCUUCCUCCGUCCUGUCACAGACACACACAGACAGGUCACUCUCAGCAGAGCAGACCACCUUCCCUCAUCCUGUUGUAUCUCCACAGCUGGUAGACCCUCCAUGUGACCCGCUGCCCCUGUCCAGAAAUCACAUAAACAGCGAGGAACCUCAGACGUCCACAUCAGGCACACCCCUGCCGGAUGGCCUGAACUGCCAGACAGCUGCAAAGGACACACAUGAAUCCAAGGAUGACAUGUUGAUGAUAUCACAUGCAGAUGAAAGUGCAUGUGUGGAGGAGGAGAGUGAACUUGUGGAGGGUAAGACAGUAAAGGGAUCAGAGGAGAGUGAGACUGUGUGUUUAGUAGAAGAGAACGUGUGCUGUGGAGACCACACAGCAGCAGGGGGAGUCCUCAGUACCACAGAGGAAACAGUGGUCGAAUUCCAGAAGGAAGAAUUGGAUCAGAGUGUGGAAUCUGACCUAAAUUCACAGGACAAUCAUCUGCACGAGUCUGAGCUGGUGACAGAGCCGCACAUCCAAAGUUCACAACCAGCAGCUGAGACUCUUGAACUGGAUACUUCUAGUCCCAGCUCUCCAAAGCGUGAUCUCACCAUCAAACCACUGCACAUGGAGGAGAUUGCUUUGCCUCUGUCUGGAGGACACAUUGAGAAGGAUGAACCCUCUCUGCAGAGUGAGGCUAUCCCUGUGAGUACCUGCAGAGGCCACAGUAAGGAGGAUGAUGCUGGUUACAGCGGCACAGCUGAUACAACUCUCACCCAGGUGUCUUCAAUUUCCACUAUCUUAACAGUGUCAUCACUGCCCAUUGAACUGACUGGCUUCUCCCACCACACAAAUCAGACAUCUCUCUCAGACUUAACCACAUCUCACCAGUGUGACUCCAUCAUAUCUGACAAAUUAGAUGUCAGUUCAAAUGAUACAACAUAUGAAUUGAGCAGCAAUAAACCUCCUAGUCAAGAUGUUGAAACUCUGUUCAGAGAGUCUGAGCACAGUGAUGCCAAGUUUGAUGACUGUGACAAACAGCUCGACAGUUCUGAUGUGGAAACUAAGGGGGGCAUGGUGUCAGCAGAGCCUUUUCACAAUGUCCUCAUGAGUAGCGAUGACAGACAGGCUGUCAAAAAAACAAAACCAGAAAUCUGUCAGAACAGCGAACAUGUUGAGAGAGGUGACGUUACUGAUGCUUUACCUGAAACAGCACAGAACGCCUCUCACCUAGAGACGAGUGAUGAGAAAUGUGACCUGUUGUCAAAGCGCUGUGACGACUGUGCGGUUGUUAAUGCAAGCAUCACUCUCCUUGGCCCAGAGGAACCCGAGAGCAGCAUUGAAGAUUCAAGUCUCAGCUCUCUGACACAGCCUCCUCCUCCUGCUGAAAGCGAGCUUGCUGGUACAACUUCCUUCACUCCACCUCCCUCUUCCUUGUCUCUCUUCACGACUCCUGAGGGAGGUAAGCACAUUUUCUGUCCAGAGACAGAAGCUGAUUGUACUGAGAGUGAAUGCAGACAGAUCCAACUUCGGGUAGAUCCAUCACAGAAUGUAGAAUUUUAUGUGAGUGAGGCAGGGGAAGAAGCAACAGGUGCACAGGGGACUCAGAUGUAUCCGCCAAUCGAGCAUGAAUCUGCAGAUACAGAAGAACAGCAGCCCCACGCUCCUCAAACAGUCUCUGAACCCUCAGAAUUAUUAACCUCCAGUGUUUCCUCUGACUGUAUGAGCCCUAAAGUUGACAUCAGCCUGCAUUAUGACACUGCUGACUGUUUAAAUCAACCUCAAGAUUCAUCAUAUGGACUUCAUUCAGAGGAAAUGAAUGAGAUCAAGAUUCACAUGUCACAGGAGAAGGCAUCUCUUAACACCAAUAUUCUUCCAGUAACUCUCAGUAUGUCAGCUACUGAGACACUGUCCCAAAGUGCUGAGGUCCAUGCUGAUUCCAGCAUCUGUGAUGACUCUGUCGUGGUUCCUAAUGACUGCAGUUGCCUGGAUGAAAAAGCCUCAGUAUUGGCCUCCCAGGAGGACCACACCAUGAUCUCGUUGGACCCAGGUCAGAUUGACGUUUAUGCCUCAACUCCGUCAUACGAGAUUCACUUCCUGGGUCAGGAGCCAUCGGCGACCUUUGAGGAGGGAGAGAGAGAAGGAGGGAUGAGGGAAAUGGUGUCUGAGUUGCUAGGAGAGGAUGCUGACUCCUCUGUCUGCCGCCUCUAUCCACACCCCUGGAUCAAGCUGGGCCUGGAGGAGAUCUGCGGAGGGUGGGCCCAGGGUGCGUCUGCUGCUGAGCCCAGCCAGGGUGAGAGCAGGACGGGGGCCGGCGCAGAGCAGAUCCCAGCCUUGGUCUCAGAGCUCCAGCCGUCUAUGGCUCUGCUGGGAGCUUACCCCUACAGCACUGUGAUGCCUCAGGGAUCUUGUGUGUGGGACUGGCACACAGAUUGCACUCAGCCUGGAAAGAAAGACUUGGCUGGGCACGCUGAACAGGCACCUGUUGCUGCCCCUAGCCUAAACCCUGAUGCUCAGGUAUGGACCAAUCACAACUUUAACUUGGAUGUCCCUGGCCCCGCCUACCUGCAGGCUCAGCAGCCAUGGCUGCAAUUCCCCAAUGAUCUGACCAAUCAGGAAGGAUACAUGUCAGAGCUCCAAGUGGGGAACGUGGACCUGGCUGAGGCUGUGGCUGAGGCAGAUCCCGGCUCACUAGAGUACCAGACGCUGAUUGCCGAAGCUCCGAUAAUUAAUGGAGAUUCUGUUGACCCAGCUGUCACAGAUGAGACCAGAGAAGAACUGAGGACAAUUCUGGAGUCCUGCCUGACCAGGGAGCACCUUGGCAAUGACCUGUACCUCAAUUCUCAGAUGGACAGCGACCAGUACGUUCCCAUCGCAACUCUGGCCAGCCUCGACAAGAUCAAGAGUCUCAGCACAGAUCUGGACCUCAUCUGUGACAUUUUGAAAUCCCUGCCACUGGUCCAGGUGGCUCCAUGUGGACUGAAGGUUCGCCCCCGUCAGAGUCGAUGUGUCAUCAUCCUGCGUGAGAUCCCCAACACCACACCUCAAGAGGAGGUGGAGGCUCUAUUUGAAGGGGAAAACCUUCCAAAGUUCCUGAGUUGUGAGUUUGUGAACAACGAUCACUGGUUCAUCACUUUCAAAUCGGAAGCCGACGCACAACAGGUCUACAAGUACCUCAGAGAGGAGGUUUGUGAGUUUAAAGGAAAGCCGAUCAUGGUGAGGAUAAAGGCCAAAACCAUGGCAGUCCCUUCCUUUGCUCCAAAAAAUGGCUACAGACCUGCCCCACUGGACCAGUGCAGCAGUCCUUACAGCUCCUACUACCCCACGAGGACCUACCAGCAGCCCUGCCCCACCCAACAGCUGUACGAUUUCACCAACGAGGUGUGGGCUUCAGGUGCGACAGGAUACCCAGAAAUUGCUGAGCAUCCAACGUUGACGAAUGACUUCAUGAAUGGAUUCUCCACCUUUAAACCUCACAACCCAUACAGGCAAAGGAGAGGCUCCAGGUGGUCAAACAGUGGAGACCGUUGGCAGCCCAGUCAGAAUGAUUCCACACACCUGACAGAUCAAGCAUCAGUGGAGCGCUCCUCUUCUUUGAUGAGGCUGGGUCGAGGGCGGUCACGGGGCAACAUGCGCCAUCAGAAUAGGGGUGGAAGGACAGAGCCCAACAAGCAAAUUGUGUCACCCACUUCUGAUCGGGGAAGGAGAGGAAACUUCAGCCAGGGAAGGAGAGGGAAUCUGAAGUCAUGGGACAAAUCUGCUGAAGGCAGUCAUAGAGCACCAAGUCAGUCACCUCCUCGUCAACCAUCUCCUCCUGAGCUCGGUCUGACUAGCUUUCCUCCUCUUCCUCUGGCAAACAGUGCCAUAGCAACGGUACCUCCAGCUAACAGUGAUGCCAAGAUUCCAGUAAGAAGCAGCAGCCCAUUAGAAUCAGUGCCAACAGUGUCACAAGAGCCUCAGCCUGUCUUAGAGCAGAAUGUGAAGGAACCUGCAGAGAUGACCAGCGAGGCCAAACCAGCUCAGCUUACACAGGAAGCAGUCAUAGAGUCAAAGAAGCCAAGCUACGCAGAGAUCUGCCAGAGAGCAUCGACCAAUGACCUGGUGUCACCCGCUGACCUCACCUCUUCAGGGGCAGAGCACAUCCCAGCCUUUCCAGGCCAGGCGCCUGAACCAGCUCCGUUGCCACGGUGAUCAUAUUGAAUGGGGAAAAAGACAUUUAUUUGUCCUGUGGGUGUCUUAUAAGCUAAAAUGUAUUACUGUACUGUCCUGUCACACAAAACAGCUACACAUUUACUGUGAGGAAUAAUCUGUGUGUGUAGAAAAUAACAUUCUAUAUUAAGCACCAACAACCUUUAAAUCAACAAAGUUUAGGUCUGGAUCUUAAAUCUUUACCUUUCAUAAAUCCAGCUGACUAUGCCUCAGAUGGGAGGGGGUCUGGCUGGUUCCGGGGGCUGGUGUGGCUCUGGGGAUGUUUGAGCUGACUUUCCAGUUUCCAGUACAGACGCUGGAGAGAAUCUGUAGAUGUUCUGCAACUUUACAUUAGUUUUAUUUCUUGGUUUGUAGUUCAGAUGAGUUUAUUGAGAGCCUGGUUUUGAUUUAGUUUUGAUUUGCUGAUGGCUCUUCUUCCUGCUAUCUUUGCAUGUUUGAUGUUUUCUCACUGUACAGGAUGUUCUGCCAUGAUUUUUUUUUUCCGUUCAUCUGUGUUAUUCUUGAGUCUACAGGGAUGCUGUGGGCACACAUGAUACCUUUUCUCUAAAUAUUAGUACAAGUCACCCAGUUUGUUUCCACUUUUAGACGCUGGUGAGAGGUCUGUAAUGAAGCAAGGUCCAGAGUGUAUGAGUGAGAACUGGGAGGAUCUGUAUGAAACUGAUUUCGAUGGUCCAGGAAUCAAACUGAACUUGAAAGCAUGUUCCUCUUGAAAAGCACUGAAUAUCAAUACUUUUAUCUUUGCACGACUUUUUUAAUUUCAUUUUAAGAUUAAUUUAUGUCAUUUUUUUUAUUUAUGUUGGAUAGAAGCGCUUUUGUGUGUUAAAGCUUUAGUUUCCACUAUGUUGAGAAAGAUGUCCUGUUGACUUAUCUCUGUCCCAGCGUCCAGUGUUUUGGACACCAGAGGGCUCAUUCCAGGCCGUUCCAUGGAGGAAAACAUGCUUCUGGCUUGGUAUAGUAGUUACUCCAUCAGCAUUAACAAGCACUGUUUCAGCACAGAGAACUCGAUUUGUAUUUGAGAAAGUAAAUUUGAUUGUUCUGAGUCCAAUUUCCCUUUGUUUAAUAUAUACAAUUUUAAAUGUAAAACAGUUGUCAUGGAGAAAGUGUGGGCAUGGUUGUGGCACAUGUUUCUUUGUCUGUACAGAUGUACAUAUUGUUGAACAAAUAUUAAA